CCAGUCCCUUCCCAGAUCCCAGUCCUUCUCUGGAUCCCAUUCCAAAUCCCAGUCCCAGAUCCUGGUCCCUCCCUGGCUCCCAUUCCCAAUCCCAGUCCUGGAUCCCAUUCUUGAUCCCAUUCCUGAUCCCAGUCCUCCCCCUGCCCUGUCCUUCCUUAUUCCCAGGACUCCAUUCCUCCCUUCCAGGCUGCCCCGGUCCCCGCCGUGUCCCGGCCCUGUCCCGGCCCUGUCCCGGUGCCGCCGUGUCCCGGCUCUGUGGCUUUAAGGGCGCUGCCCGGGGCCGAAGUCCGCGGGCCCGGUGCUGGCGGCGGGGCCGGGAUGCAGCUCCCGGCGGGCCCGGCCGCCCUGGCCGCCCCCCUGCUCGCCCUCCCGCUGGCCUUCGGUGCCAGCGCUGCCACCGCCCUGGACCCCCCGGCGCUGGCCCUGGCCCUGGUCCUGCUGCUCCUCGGCCUCGUCUCCCUCCUCAUCCUCACCGGCGGCAUUGGCCUCAUCCAGGACCCCCUGUUCUGCUUGCUCGUGGUGUUCUCCUUCGUGUCGGCCGUGGAUCUGCUGAUCGCGCUGGAGGAGGACGGGAUCGUCUCGGGCUUCAUGGAGCUCUACGUGCGGGAGGGCGAUCCCCACCUGCGCACGGCUCACGGGCUCCUCACCUGCUACUGGGACGGCACGGUGCACUACGGGCUGUGCCUGGCCAUGGCCGGGGCCGCGGGGCGCAGGAAGAGCUACCGGGGGCUGGGUCUCUUCUGGCUGGGCUCGCUGCUGAUGAGCGCCGUGGUUUUCCUGCUGGGCAACCUGAUCGGCAAAUACAGCCCCGAGCUGAGCCCGUCCUUCCUCCUCAACCUGCCCUACCUCCUCCUCCUCACCUGGGCCGGCCUCCGGCUCUUCCAGCAGCCCCGGGCGCUGCCGAGCCUCAGCCCCGAGCAGAUUGCAGAGGAGCAGCGCAAACCCCUCUACCAGCGGCCCUGGGACCUGCUCCUCAUCCUCAUCCUCAUCCUCACCGCAGCCUUCACCUUCUUCAGGGGGAUGGUGGUCCUGGACUGCCCGGCCGACUCCUGCUUUGACUACACCUACCUGCACGAGCCCUACCUGCGCGACCCCGUGGGCUACCCCAAAGUGCAGAUGCUGAUCUACCUGUUCUACCUGCUGCCCUUCCUCUUCCUCGCCAUCUACGGGCUGGCCCUGCCCGGCUGCUCCUGGCUGCCCGACUGGAGCCUGCUGUUCGCCGGCGCUGUGGCGCAGGCUCAGUUCGCUCACCUGGGCUCCUCGCUGCACUCCCGCACGCCGUUCCCGUACCAGACCCCCGACGAGGUGCUCUGGACGUUCCUCCUCUCCAACGUCCUGUACGCGCUGGGCCCGCAGCUGCUGGCGCUGCGCUGCCUGCGCUGCCCGGCCUUCUUCCUGCCCCCGGCCCGCCCGGGCCUGGCCCGCGCCAAAAAGUGCCAGUGACGGCUCCUGCCGCUCCCCCGGGGCUGCUGUCACCUCCCCGGGGCUGCUGUCCCCACGUCCGGUGCCUCUCGCCCCGCUUCAAGCGCUGGGAGCGGAGAUGUCCUCUGCGGUGUCCCCAGCGGUGUC